AUGGCUCAACGACCGACCUCUAGCAGGCGGACAUUCUCAUCCACCAAUGUACCCCGCGAGACCGCAUAUCGCCCGCAUGAGGGUAAAUUGGCUAUUGUUACGGGUGGCUCCAGAGGCAUCGGAGCAGCCACCGCUCGCAAUCUUGCUGCCAAAGGUUGUAACCUACUCCUAGUCUACACCUCUGACUCUUCCACCAAACCAACAAAGGCUCUCUGUGAAGAACUAUCCAGUCAGCAUGAUAUUCUUGCCGUCCCCGUCCAGGGUGAUCUCGCAGACCCUUCUCGGAGUGUCCCUCAUAUUCUCUCGACCGCACAAAAUCAUUUCUCACAUCCUCGCACCGGUUCAUUUCAGGUUGACAUCCUCAUCAACAACGCAGGCAUUGCUGGCAAUAGAUUGCUGAAUGAUCCAAAGUUGGGUCCAAUCGAAGAGACGGAGUUCCACAAACAGUACAAUGUCAAUGUGCUGGCUCCAUUACUGUUGGUCCAGGCAGUUCAACCUUACCUACCCACGGAUAGGUCAGGGAGAAUUGUCAAUGUAUCCAGUGUGUCUGCCGCCUUUGGCUGUGAGUCACAAUCCAUAUAUGCUGGUACCAAGGCAGCUCUUGAGGGCAUGACUCGAGUUUGGGCAAGAGAACUUGCAGAGAAUGCCACGGUUAAUGCUGUCAACCCUGGCCCGGUAUGGGGAGAUAUGUAUAGUGAAGCGGGCGAGGAAUUCUGGAAGACCAAUCAGAAGUACGUGGACGGUGCUCCUCUCAUGACCUAUACCGGUGAUGAGACCACACGAGCUCGCGCAGGUGGUGAUGGUCAAAAGUAUGAUGAGAUAGUCAAGAAAGGAAUGGGUGGAAAGAGACCUGGAUUUACGGAUGAAAUUGCUGGUGUCAUUGGAAUGCUGUGCUCAGAAGAGAGCGGAUGGACUACAGGAAGCGUAAUUUGUGCCAACGGUGGGAUGAAAAUGUCGAUAGCAUGA